AUGGAAACAUACAAUUUUACUGAAAUGAAAGCACUUGGGGAUCAGUGAUUCAAAAAUAAAGACUAUCAAGGAGCAGUGGAAAAUUAUCUAGAGAUCAUAAAAAACGAAGAUUCUCCAGGUGCAAACAUCUAUCAGAACAUAUCUCUGUGUUAUAAGAAGCUUGGCGAUUGGGAGAAGGUAGAGAAAUACUCUAACGAAGCUCUCAUGCUUGAUGAUAAGUACAUCAAAUGCCUCAAGCUCAGAGGAGAAGCUAAAAUAGAGCUGCAUAAGUUCAAAGAAGAAGAUGAAGCUAUGAAAGGUAUCGACGAAGGAAUAGAGGAUAUAAAAUAAAGCCCACAGGUUGACUCAUGGUCAAGAUAAGACAGGGUUUAAUAGAGACAUAGAGCAUGCACUCCGCAUUGCCAAAAAGAUAAAAUACUAUAAAGAAAAGGAGAUUAAUAAGAAGCUAAAGAAUGAUUUAUUUUCUUACCUUAAGUCCCCUAUUGAAGAACAUACAGCUGAUUCUUCAGAGUCUGAUAGGCUUAAGGCAGAACUACAGGACCUUCUUAAGGAUCCUUCUGUUGAAGAACAGAAGAUUCCAGAGUUUCUUACCUGUCCGAUCUCUCUUGAGGUAAUGAUUGAUCCGAAGAUACUCUCAUCAGGGCAUACGUAUGAAAAAGAAGAGAUUAUCAAGCAUAUUAAGAAGAACGGAUACAGAGACCCUCUAACUAAUGAGUUAUUGCAGGACGUCCAGUUUGAUAAUAUGCCGGGAAAUAUUAAUUUGAGACAAGCUAUUGAAGACUAUCUUGAAAAAAAUCCUUGGGCAUACAAGCAUCACAAAGAUGAAGACUAUUCCAACAUUUCCUUCGAUAUGUAAUAUCUCUGAGGCAGCAAAGAAGGAAUGAAGCAUGAAAUAGUGUACCCACCCAGAGCA